UUGACACAUUAUCAAAAUGGCUCCUCGUAAAGGAAAGGUACAAAAAGAAGAAGUGCAAGUUUCACUCGGACCCCAAGUUCGCGAAGGCGAAAUUGUAUUUGGAGUAGCACACAUCUUCGCAAGUUUCAAUGACACUUUUGUACAUGUAACUGACUUGUCUGGUAGGGAAACCAUCUCCAGAGUUACUGGAGGUAUGAAAGUAAAAGCCGACAGAGAUGAAGCUUCUCCCUAUGCUGCCAUGUUGGCUGCCCAAGAUGUAGCAGAAAAAUGCAAAACUUUGGGUAUCACUGCUCUUCACAUCAAACUGAGGGCUACUGGUGGAAACAAAACCAAGACCCCAGGACCUGGAGCCCAAAGUGCACUUAGGGCUUUGGCUCGUUCAAACAUGAAAAUUGGACGCAUUGAAGAUGUUACUCCCAUUCCAUCAGAUUCCACCCGCAGGAAGGGAGGUCGUCGUGGUAGACGUUUGUAAAUUUAUUUGUUUUUUAUGACUUUAACAUUGAUACAACAUCUCUCAAUAAAAUUUUACUUUGCUGAAGUAUA